AUGUCGCGCAUCAACCAGCCGUCGAACCAGAUCAAGUUGACCAACGUGUCGCUGGUGCGCUUAAAAAAAGGCAAGAAGCGCUUUGAAAUCGCCUGUUACAAGAACAAAGUUCUUGAGUGGCGCUCCGGCAUCGAGACGGAUCUCGACAACGUGCUGCAGAUCCCCAACGUCUUCCUCAACGCCUUUGGUAAGAAGAUGACGACCAACGAAAUCAUCCUCGAGAUCUUGAAGAAGGGCGAGCAACAGGUGGGCGAAAAGGAGCGGGCGGCGCAGCUCGAGCGCAUCAACAACGAAGUGAUUAGCAUUGUGGCGAGCAAGCUGGUCGACCCGCGCACCAAGAGAGUGUACACGUCGGGCAUGAUUGAAAAAGCACUGGACAUGCUCAGCUCGCAGGCGCAUACAACAGACACCAAGGACAAGGCGGCGGACAAGGGGAGCGCGGCGGACAAGGGAGGCGUGGCGGGCACGCCGGCGACGGGUGAGGACAGCGAGGCCAAGCCGCCCCCCAAGGAGCACAGCUGGACGGGCGUCUCGACAACUAAGAGCGCCAAGAGCCAGGCGCUUGAGGCCAUGAAGGCGCUGAUCGCGCACCAGCCGAUUCCGGUGGCGCGCGCGCGCAUGCGUCUGCGCAUCAGCUGCGGCACCAGCGUGCUGAAGCAGGCCGCCAAGCAUGUUGCCAAGGAAGAUGGCGAGCACCAAAAGGGCACGGUCAAGGACAAGAUUCUGAGUUACAUCGAACAGGUCGAGACGCAGGACGUUGUGGGCUCCGACUGGGAGGUGGUUGGCUUUGUCGAGCCAGGUGCGUUCAAGCCACUAAGCGACUUUAUUGGCAACGAGACCAAGGGACAGGGUCGAGUUGAGGUGUUGGACAUGGCGGUGACGCAUGAGGAGUAG